AUGGUUCUUGAUGAGAAACUGUCACCAUUGAAAUCUGAAAUGUCUGAUCUUCGCGAGAAAGUUGGAGAAAUGACAACGUUUUUGGACAUGACAAAUGCUAAAUAUGAAGAAGUUAUAUCCAAACUAAAACAAUCUGAAGCACAAAAAGCUCAAAUCGUGGAAGAGAAUAAAGUGUUGAGAAAUGCUGCACUAGAAAUGGAUAAGAAAGUGAAGCAUCUUAAUGAAUCACUUGAUGAUCUUGAGCAAUACUCGCGUAGAGAUUGCUUGGAGUUGAGGAGAAUCCCUCCUGCAAUAGUUG